CCGGGAGAGGAGACCUCAAUCAACGAGAAAUAUACUUUAUAAUAGGAAGUUUCCUAACUCAUUUCCUGUAUUCUUUUCUCAUUCCUCUUUUGCGCAUCGUCGAAUUUCAUUUUGUUCUUUCAUUUUUGUUGUGCAUGUGAGGAAUUCCACAUAAUGACGGCCUCCGCUAUCAGCCUCCAAACCCCUGUACCCUCCGAUUUUGAGACUCUAGCUCGCAUCGAAGCCGCCGCCUUCCAGGGCGAGGAAUUUACUCUCGUAGCCAUAGGGCCAUCGAGCGAAGCAGGUAUUGCUGAACGGGCUCAGUCUCUACUCAACGCAAGUAGGCCUGGUGUAACUAGGAAGUACGUUAAGGCAGUUCGGACGGGUGAGGAUGGGCGGGAGGAAAUUGUGGGCUGGGCUCAAUGGUGGAGGGGUGUUGAUAAAGCGUUGUCUGCGAAGGAGAUAGAGGAGAAAGAGAAGGCUUACAGUCAGAUGGCUUGUCCGAGGUUGUGUGUGGAUGCUUUGGUUAGGGGGGAUGAGCAUAUGGAGAGGGCUUGUGAGGGGAAGGAGUAUCUUAAACUGGGACUACUUGUCGUCUCUCCUGAAGCUCAGAGGCGUGGUAUUGGGGCCUUGCUACUAGAAGACGGGCUGCGGGAAGCAGAUGCUGCUGGAUUGCAAGUCGUGCUUGGGGCGUCGUCAGCGGGAGAACCAUUGUAUAAAAAGUACGGCUUCGUCGUGUUUGAACCGAUGACUUUCAAUCUAUGGGAGUAUGAAGGAGGGGAGGGAAUGGGAGUUGCUCGUCAUACUAUUAUGCAUCGACCUGCAAAGCCUCGUGUGUGAGUGUGUUGGUUUAGAGGGAAUGUCAAGUUGUCGUCUAUUCAAGCUGCCUUGAAGAUCUCUAAACCUGUGAC